AUCAGUCAGACAGACACAGAAGAACAAGACUUGGAUAGUGUCAGAUACAAGGCGGUCUCGUUAAGUCAACUCAAGUCAAGGCCUUUGACUGAAGUUACCGUACACCGAUUGAGGACUAUUGAGCUUUGAGGGAACUUCAGCGUGAGGUUGAGAGCCAUGGAUGUGUUAUCAAGGGCUGUGAUGUGUUUCUGCUUGAUGGGCUGGAUGACUUUAGGAUGGAGUAAUGCCGCUCAGUACACAUCAAUUAACAUGAAGAGCAACAUAGACAAACUGAAGGUCCACUAUAAGAUCUCCAAGGACCAGCUGUUCAACGGAAAACCUGUUUUCCCCAAGGACACGUUUGAGGACAGUGAGCGGAGGGUGUUAAUGAGUGUGGUUCUGGACGUGUAUCGGAGUAUCUUCAGCCAGAUGCUGAACCAGACGGUGGACCAGGAAGUGAUUGAGAGUCUGAAAUAUGUCAAGGGGAAAAUUCAGGAUCUCCAGAAACACUACUUCCUGAAGAGGAUACCUGAGCUGAGGACACACCUGCAGAACCUGUGGGCCAUCGAGACCAGUAACACCACAGUCCAGGGGAAGGCUCUGUCCGAGUUCAUUACCAUCUACGAGAAAGCCUCCAAACUGGCCCUUAAGAUCCAUCUAAAGAAGGACAACCGCAGGAAGAGACGGCAAGCCCAGAGGCUCAAAUCACACAUCAUGUAGAUGACCAACCGUGUCUAGUGUGAAGGCUAGGUGUAGGGUGAAGUUACACCUGGAAGCUGAUCUUGGGUCAGUUUAGCAUUUCUCCCUCUAACGGUGAAGGUUAGGAUUGUGGGAGGGGGAGCUGAUUCUAGAUCUGUGUGUACCAAGGGGAAACUUCCCUCCGGAGCCACAGUGGAGAUACAUAUUGAAGUUACAUAUUUCCUUGAUACAAAAUGCCUCAACUGGCCAUCUAUUUAUAUAAUGUAUUUAUUUAAUCUAUGAAAUCAUGCACAAUACUCAAUGGUAUAUUAUCAUUGUUAAGAGUAUCUAUUUUUCUUGAAUCAAUAAAUGUUAUUAAUUUAUAUUUAUUAUUCAUUAUCUAGAAAAUGUUUUUUUUAUAAAUAGUUAUUUAUUGCAGAUUAUGCAGGAUCUGUAAAAUCUAUGACUGAAUAAAUGGACACUGAGGAAACAA